CCAGUAGAAAAAAGGAAUGCUAAUUCUUAUAGACUGAUAAUGAAAAGUCAAAUUCAAUGAAGACAGCUCUUUGGCUAAUUCUUAUUUCUUACAGACUGAAUUAAAUUUUUACCUGGGUUUUCUUAGAUUUGGUUCUCUGGAUCAUUCUGUCAUAGAGGCUCUGAAAGCUUGCAUUCUACCGCAGCACUUUGGCUGUGAACUUUUGAAGCUUCUGGCAUCAUACAUAUCACUAUAUCUGGCAUGGAAGUGGUGGCUUCUAUUGUUGGUUCAGCAGUGGAAGCAACUGGUCGGCUUUUCUGUGGUUCUCUCUAUUCUAUGAUCAAGAGCACAGUCAAACUCCAAUCAGACCUUGAUGUUUUUGAUAAGGAGAUGAGAAGUCUUAUUGUUCUUAGAGAUGAUGUCAAAGAUCAAACAGAAUUAGCUGAGAAAGAAGGAAAAGUAAUAAGAGCUAAUGUUAUAGAGUGGCUAAGGGAGGUCGAUGAGCUUCAGCUGAAAGUCAAACCAAUUGAAGAAGGGAUGGUCAACGGCAGAAAUCUUUCUGGGUGUUCCUUUAAUUGUCGUAAGCGGUAUAGAGUAAGCAGAGAAGUAGCAGAAAUACUCCCAGAGAUAGAAAGGCUUCUUAAAGAUUCAAGUUUCAAUUCUGGUGUGUUUUAUCCAAGUAGAAAGCCCAGAGCAGUGGAACACAUUCCUGGACCUUCAAUUCAGGCUCAAACAACUGCAUCAAAGUCUUUAGAAAAAACUAUGAGUCAAUUGUAUAUAGAUGAAGUUCGGAGGAUUGGUAUUUGGGGGAUGGGAGGAAUAGGCAAGACUACUCUGGUAAAGAACUUGAACAAUGAGCUAAAGAGUGCUUCAGUGAAGUCUCUUGGCAUUGUCAUUUGGGUUACAGUUUCCAAGAAUUUGGACCUUAAAAAAGUCCAGACACAAAUAGCAGAGAGAUUGAAUUUGGAGGCAAAAGUGGAAGAAACAUUGCAGGGAAUGGCUACUCGACUUUAUCAAAGACUUGAGAAGGAGGAAAAGUUUCUUCUUAUUCUAGAUGAUGUUUGGGAGAAAAUUGAUUUGGACAUUUUGGGAGUACCGCAGCCUGAAGUUCAUAAAGGUUGUAAGAUCAUAUUAACAUCUCGAUUUAUGGAAGUUUGUAGGGAAAUGAUGACAAAUGUUGAAGUUAAAAUGGAAGUUUUAAAUUAUGAAGAAGCUUGGCAACUGUUCAGUCAAAUUGCAGGGGAUGUGGUUGGUUUGGAACAAGUUAGACCAUUUGCAGAAGAAAUUGUUAGAGAAUGUAGUGGAUUGCCUUUGGCCAUUAUCACCAUGGGAACUGCUAUGAGGGGUAAGAAAAUGAUCAAGUUGUGGAAGCAUGCGUUAAAUGAGUUGCGCAGGUCAGUGCCUUGUAUGGGAGGCGUUGAGGUUAAGCUAUACAUGCCUUUGAAGUGGAGUUACGACUCAUUAGAAGGUAAUAACAUAAAACCUUGUUUUUUAUAUUGUGCUUUGUUUCCGGAGGACUUCUCAAUUGAAAUAAAUGAACUAGUACGUUACUGGGUAGCAGAAGGUUUGAUAGAUGAACAAGACUAUGAGGAUUCAGUCAAUAGAGGCAUUGCUUUGAUUGAAAAUCUGAAGGACUCUUGUUUGUUGGAAGAUGGUUCCCGUGACGGCACAGUGAAGAUGCAUGACGUUGUUCGUGAUGUUGCAAUAUGGAUUGCAUCGUCAUCUGAGGAAGGAUGUAAAUCCCUUGUUCGUUCAGGGAUUGGCUUGAGUGAGAUUUCAGUUGGAGAGUUUUCAAGUUCUCUCCGAAGAGUUUCUUUCAUAGAUAACAAAAUAACAAGGCUACCUGAUCGUGUGAUACAGUGUUCAAAGGCCUCAACUUUGCUACUGCAAGGUAAUCUUCUCCUUGACACAGUUCCUGAAAGUUUUCUGCAAGGAUUUGAAGCUCUCAGAGUCCUGAAUAUUAGUGGAUCCCGCAUCCAGUCUUUGCCGAGUUCUGUACUUCAACUCGGUGACCUCCAUGCUCUUCUUUUAAGGGAUUGCUUCUAUCUUGAACAAUUACCCUCACUAGGAGAGCUUAGUAGGCUUCAAGUGCUUGAUCUCUGUGCUACCCGAAUUAGAGAAUUACCAAGAGGGAUGGAAAACUUGAACAACUUAAGGCAAUUAGAUUUAUCUCGCACUCACUACCUAAAAACCAUUCAAGCUGGAAUAAUAUCCAGGUUGUCUUGUUUAGAGGUUCUGGGUAUGACUCUCAGUGCUUACCAUUUGAGUGUGAAGGGAGAGGUGGAAGAGGAACAAACAUCUUUUGAAGAGCUCGGAUGCCUUGAGCGAUUGCUCAUCUUAUCCAUCAGAUUGGAUAGGAUUCCAUGUCUCAGUUCUGAAAAUGUUACCGGGAUAAAUAAAUUGAGAAGAUUUCAAUUUUUCAUUGGCCCAACAGCAAACUCCUUACCAACUAGACAUGACAAAAGGAGGGUGACUAUCAGUGGUCUAAAUCUCUCAGGAGAAUGGAUCGGGUGGUUGUUGGGUAAUGCAAGCUCUCUGGUCUUGAAAAAUUGCUUGGGAUUGAAUGAGAUGCUUGAAGACUUGGUCAUUAAUCGUGUUGGGUGCUUUGUUUGUUUAAAAUCACUUACUAUUGCAAGCUCUAACAGCAGUUUACGGCCUGGAGGAGGAUGCGCUGCCCACUCUGACCUAUUACCAAAUUUAGAAGAGCUUCAUUUGCAAGAUAUGACCUACCUAGAAAGCAUUUCAGAACUAGUUGGCCAUCUUGGGCUGAGAUUUCAGAAACUAAAAUUAAUAGAAGUGACCCGAUGUUCCCAGAUGAAAUAUCUUAUUUCUUGUGGUCACUUCAUUCUCACCCUGCCAAACCUAGAAGUAAUCAAGGUAAGCUUCUGUGACAAGUUAGAUGAGCUCUUUAGUUAUCAUUCAAGGCAGAAAAUGUAUCCAGAUCCUGUUGCUCCAAGCCUACGGAUAUUGGAAUUGAAGAAUCUUCCCAAAUUAAGAACUAUUUGCAGACACAAAGAGACAUGGCCGUGUCUUGAGCAGGUUAAUGUGAUCAAGUGCAAUCUUCUUAGGAAGCCGCCUUUUACUAACCAAAGUGCAGAUAUUAUGAAGGAAAUAAGAGGAGAAUCACAAUGCUGGAGCACACUGGACUUGCAUGAUGAUAGAAUCAAAUCAAGUCUGCAACCUUACUUUCAUCCAGCUGAGGACGAGAGCAAUGCAUCUCAGAACCUCUGGAAGUGAACUGGGACAGAUAGAGGAGCAACAGGUUGAAGGAAAUCUGUGUAGUCUGUUAUAAAUUGCCUGAAAUUCUAGAGAAUCCCACAUUGGAGAGUAGAACAUUAAAGAGGUCUUAUCCUAUGUAAGAGUUUGGGUUUAAUGAUUUUUAGGAAUGUGAGAGAGAUAUAGUCAAACAUUUGUAAUUAAGAUGCAUAUUUUUUACUUGCUGAGCAGCUUGUUGAAAUCACUACUUACCUACCCUCAACUCCAUUGCUGAGUACCACAUUUUCAACUUCCCUUUCCCUCAGUCCUUUUUCCUUUAUUUCUCAAAGAUGAUUCAUACAGAUCAUUUAUC